UCUCUCUCGCUCAAAUCCCCAAACAACAAUAACAACAACAACAACAAUGGCUGCCCCAUCUCUCCGUGACGAAAACGUUUACAUGGCCAAGCUCGCUGAGCAGGCCGAGCGCUACGAGGAGAUGGUCCAAUACAUGGAAAAGGUCGUCGAUUCCGUUACGUCCACUGACGAACUCACCGUCGAGGAGCGUAAUCUCCUCUCCGUCGCCUACAAGAACGUCAUCGGCGCUCGCCGCGCUUCGUGGCGCAUCGUCUCCUCCAUCGAGCAGAAGGAGGAGUCGCGUGGCAACCAGGACCACGUGUCGCUCAUUCGUGACUACAGAUCCAAGAUUGAGGCUGAAUUGACGGAGAUCUGUGGCGGGAUCUUGAAAUUGUUGGAUGAUAAAUUGGUUCCCGCGGCUUCUUCUUCCGAUUCUAAGGUCUUUUAUUUGAAGAUGAAAGGAGAUUAUCAUCGCUACUUGGCUGAGUUUAAGACUGCCGAUGAGAGGAAAGUCGCGGCUGAGAAUACGCUCAACGCUUACAAAGCCGCGCAGGAAAUUGCUAAUGCUGAACUGCCUCCAACGCAUCCUAUCCGGCUAGGACUGGCGCUGAACUUCUCUGUGUUUUACUAUGAGAUUCUGAAUUCUCCUGAUAGAGCUUGUAACCUUGCAAAACAGGCCUUUGAUGAAGCAAUCUCAGAGUUGGAUACACUUGGAGAAGAUUCAUACAAGGAUAGCACUUUGAUAAUGCAACUUCUUCGUGAUAAUCUCACUUUGUGGACCUCAGACAUGCAGGAUGAAGGAACUGACGAGAUCAAAGAAGCAACCAAACCUGAGGAGGAGAAGCAGCAGUGAAGGCAGUUAUUCUUUAUAAGAGUAUUUCACUUCUCUGUUUUUGUUUGGAGAAGUUGCUUGGUACCACUGCCCAUUUGAUUAUGACUUUUUAGGAGUUCAUGCGUUGAUAUGAAUCUUGAAAUAGAUCUGGAAUUUCUCGAUAUUUAAGUGAUUGUACUUUGGGAGUUCAAUUUUUUUAAUUGCAUCUAGGGUGCUUACUCAUAUUGUUUUCUUGGCAAUAAAGGAACUAAUGACCAAGCUAUUUAUUAGCUCAAUAUAUGUGUGUUUGAAUUUAA